UUUAUGUACUUGCUAUCUUCCGUAGACGUGCUUGGGAGUGGGAGGGGAACUCGCAUACGGUUACGCAUUGCAUGCAUGGCAUUGAAAUGAAACCGAAAAUAUGGCGGCAUCAUCAUUGCUUGAGAAGAUUGGGGAUUUUUUAGAGUGUCAGAUAUGUUUGGACAGCUUCCGGCGACCGAAGGUGUUGCAAUGUCUGCACACAUUUUGUCAGGAGUGUCUGCUUCGUAUGGCGCCCACGGUCCAUGACACGGUGAUAUGUCCGACAUGUCGAGAGCAGACCCCGUUGCAAGGAGAGGGUGUGGCAGACUUGAAGAAUAACUUCGUGCUUUCGAAUCUCCUGGACCUUGUCACUUCGAUUCAGAAGCCACUGGAAGAUCUGCCAUGUGGAGCACCCAAUGGGACCACAUACACCUGUUCAAACUGCGAGGAUAACUCUCCCGCAACUUCUCGUUGUCUCAACUGCUGUGAGUUUCUUUGUGAGGAUUGUGUGAGGGCCCAUCGGAGGAUCCGAGCUCUACGUCACCAUGUGAUGCGGGACAUUGAAGCAUGGCUAGCAGCUGGACAGUGCAUUCGCAGUCCAGGAGAUGGAGAGGAAAAUACAAAUCUUGUUUACUAUUGCCCAGAACAUGAUGAUCGCACUGUAGCAGUGUAUUGUGAAGCUUGUGAGCUGGCGAUAUGUGGUGAGUGUGGUCAGACUGACCAUGCCCGACCUCCACACAGGGUUGUGACUCUUGCCGUCGCAGCGGAUCGAGAACGAGAUCAAAUCCGGCUAAUCCUAGCCGACUGCAAGCGUAAGCUCGGUGUGUUCUCAACCGCCAUUGAGUGUACGGUGCAGAUCGCCAAAGACCUCCAGAGAAGAUCCGACCGAGCCCAGAAGGAUGUGCAGAGACGGGCCCGAGAGUUCCUCACCAUAAUACAGAACGAACAGGCCCGUCUUAUCAACACCCUCCACAAGACCAAGGAGGAUAAGGAAAGUGAGAUGGCUGCCCACAUUGAUGGUCUUCAGCGCACUGUGGAUAUAUUACGUAACAUGAUUUCUAUGGCAGAAAGCGCUAUAUCUUCUGAUAGCAGCACAGCCACAGUGUUCUCUGCUAAGUCACAACUAACAACCCGUCGGCAUGAACUCGAAAACAUCACCAUUCUCAGUGUCCCUGCUGAUCUUAGCUCUCUUAAGUUUGAAUUGAAUAAUCAAAGCAGUUUUCAAGGGGACUUUCUUGGGAGUAUUAAGUCUUGAAAAUUAGCACGAUUAACACAGUGUGUGUGUCAUUCGGCAAAUAUUGUUGUUGAUUGGACUACACCAGUCAUUUUACUCCAGUGUCAAAUGUUUGCACUUUUUAGGUCAAUAUAUGUGGGUAUUAUUACAACUCCAUUAAAAUUGUUACUUAUAAUACACUCGAUGGUGUUAAGUUCAAUCUCGAGAUAAGGUCAGCCACUGUGACUGAUUAACCUAGAUGUAAAAUGUUUCCUAGGUAAUUGGUUAUAUACUGGCUUGGCGUUUAGCAAAAUGCUGUCCUGCCAAGUUCCUACGGGAGUUACCAUAAACAGAAACAGAUACAUAUUGUGAUUUUACUACUUCAGGGGAUGGCUCUCUAGGAACACCAACUUGUUUUUGAAACACACCUGCUAAUAUUAACAUGCUUAAUUAUGCAUUAAUAUUUGAGAUUCGUUUUGAUGCGGACCAUUAAUUUUCGAAUAUUUUCAAUACACUUUUUAUCUUAAUCUUGAAAGUGUGUUAUAACAUUUGGUAAUAUGAUUUUCAUUUCAAUCAGAGGUAAGAAGAAAAAAAAAUCAGAAAAAAUUAUUUUAUACACGAUGUAUUAUCAUGAUAAAUCUAAAUCUAAAUAUUUCAUUUGCAAAGACAAACAUAAUUAUUGGCAAAUGGUACAUGGUAAUUUUCAAAAUCUUUGCAUGAUUGAUGUAGAAUCUAUACUUGCAUUGUAUAUAUUCAAACUUUUGUCAUGAUUGUAUAUUUGGGUUUCAAAGAUUUGUCACAAUGUACAUGUAAGGCAUUUUUGCACUAGACUAUAAAGCUGUAAAGAAUAUACUUUUCGUUUCUCAGGGCCUUUCACACUCUAAAAACCAACUAGUAAACAUGGUUAAAUGACUAGAUUAUAGAUUAAUAGCCAGCUGUGAGCAACUGAUGUAAUCAUAAGCUUAUCUAUAUUCUCUUCAGAAAAUACUGUUCAAGUCAAAUGCCACUAGGAAAUAGUUUUUUUUUAAUCGCUGAAAUAAUAGUUACAUCUGGCUGAUCACUUAAAUGACUUUUAUUAGUUCGGUUUUAGAGUACGACUUAUAUACAGUAUUACCACAUUCGCCUGGUGCAAUGCUAUUCCCUUUAUUUCAUCAAAAAUUAUAUGAUUAUCCGUAGUAUAUUGCGUGUAUAUAAGAUCUACUUUACACGAGGGCUCAUGCAGAGGUUAUGUGUUAAUCGUGUUUUUAAAUCAGCUGUAAUGUCUUUCUUUCUUGUCGUAUAUAUAGGUUUAUAAUACAAUUCAAGCUUUAACGACAGACAUGUCGAUGAUUGAUGGAGGUGAAAAUAACAUCGCAAUGCUUCCUAUAGAAUAUUUUAUCAUUUUCAAUUAAUAUUCUCUUAUUGUUAUAGCCUCAAAGGCACACAGUAAUAUACUGGUUUCGAUGUCUACUUUCUAUACUUGUGUUAGAUUUUAGUAAAACCACAUUUUACAUGUAUAUGAAAGAUUUAUUUAUCACAGACUAUUAUCAUGAAGCUACGUGUAUAUUACCUUUUAAUGUAGGCACUAUCUGUAGAAAACAGUUUCAAAUUUAGGCACAGCUACAUUACACACCACGCUCAUAACAUAUUAAUUGAAGGUUCUCUGGAAGCCUCCAUGUUAUGACGGCCACUUAAUUUAAAAUCUCAGAAAAUUUUGAAACUACCCCAAAAGCGGUUAAAAGGUGAACCGACUAAUUGCUGGUUAAAAGAAGCCCUGUUCAAUUUCAUGAACUCUUGUUUUAACCAAUAAUUGGUUUAUCUUACGUGAACCAACUUAAAGGUUGCUUAAAACUUUUCUGAGGGUGUGAAAUGCUUUAAAUUCUUAUAUAGGCCUAAUUCAGCAAUGUGGAUAUACGUUGGAGCAAUCAUGUUGGAUGUGUAUACGCUGCUAACACUCGAGCUUUAUGAUAGCAAGUUGAAGCUGAUCGGCCAUAUUGCCUGCUCUUUCAUAUUGGAAAUUAUGGCAGUCAAAAUAAGAGUGACUGAUCUUGUUAUUUCAAUUCAUGCUUGACUCGCUUGCAUGCAUGUCAUCAUGUCGUUGAGUAGAUUGCAUCUGGAUGUUGCAUUAUUAAAUCGUGUGUGACUCACUGUACUGUGGCGUAUGAAUAUUCUGAUAUGAUGUUUCGAUAUCGAAUAACGACACCGACUUGUGUGGCGAAAUUUGCAUGUAGGGAUGGGGGGGGGGGUAUACUAUUCUAUUGCAUGCAAGCUAAAAUUGAGGAUAAAUAAAUGCAUACAGCGGAGCAAUCACAAUAAAUAUAUUUUAGUGUCUUAAUGACCAUGUUUGCUGUUGAAAAAUAUAUGCAUAUAAAUGUUUAUAGCCCCCCUCACAAUGCAGUAGAGUGGAGGUGUACUUUAUAGCAAUUUAUUUGGGGAAUUGCCACGGAUGGAGGGGGCAUAGGGGCGACCAUCCUUAUGAUUUUCAAGUAGUUGAAGAAAAUAGGAAAAAAAGACGGAAAAGGAAGAAAAAUAAGAAAAAAGGAGGAAGUAAAUAAGAAAAUGAGAGAUUCUGGCCGUGUAUUAUUCUAUGAUCCCCUACUUUUCAACUAAGAUAAAAAUUAUGUCAAUGUUAUGCACACCCUAUCAAAAUACCAUGUCGUCGCCACUGCCUGCAUGUUAUUUAGAUCACAUCAAGAAAUUAAAUUCAUCAUGUUUGUAUAUUAACUGAAGGGAUAUAUAAUUAUGCAUCUUCGUUAAUUGUUCGUUCUUUCGCUGCAUGGGAGGAUGUCUAAAAUGUUAAAAUACUUGUGGGUUGUUUAAAACUAAUCACAAAUUUCGACAUCUUUAUUUGGAUCCUUUCUAAUAUCGUUUACCAAAGGCUUAUGCAUUGAACUGAUCAAAUUAGUGACUGAACUAUUGCGUCGUAGAACGGAAAUUGUUAUAUCUAAAAAAAUAUUUUAGAGAAUGUGGAUUUUAUUGAUCAUCCAUAAAGAUGUAAAUGGGUUUAUCUGUUUGAAUAACAAUCGAGAGUUGUCACCAUGUUGAUUUUCUCUUAAAAAACACCGCUUUAUUGCAACCACUCACCGAAGAAUAAUACAAGUGCUUUGGUGGCACAGAGUUGAUGCAUAUAAUCGCUAUAAAUUCUAACUUAAAUCCCAAUUGGUGUCAAAUAAAAAGAGUGUGAU